ACAGGUAAUGCUUCAUAUAUAACAGUGAAAAAGGUUUAUUACACAAACGAAACAUGAACAUAUAUACAAUACUGUAAGGACAAUACCAAAAUAUUAAAAAACCACAAACUCAAAGUGCUUUGCCUGUUAAUGGAUUCAGGGCCAGUGUCAGGGUAAUGCAUAUGGAUCAUAAUCCGUAUGGGCUUAUGUGUGAUGACUGGUGCAAAGUAAAGCAGAUUCCAGCUCAUCCCAAUAUGUAACUGGUUGCUACUGGUAACACCUGAGAUUUCCAUAGAUAAGCCUUAGAUUUCACAGCCGCCGUUGGACAAUGGCAGGAAGCAGGAAUGACGUCUUUACACGAGGGGGCUGAACAUAAUGGACAAAGUCUCAUACAUCUGUGAGCUCAGUAAUGGAUGUUAUUGAUCGCCAGCUCUGUGAUGAAUCCCAGCACUCUUAUAAGGUAGUCCUUACUGCAGGACAUGUUCCUAGUGCUCAGAGACUUUCAUGGGCUGAUCCAGGUUAUUCUUCCUUCAGAUGAGGUUGGCUCCGGGCUAAAGGAAACGCUAAGUGCAGUCCCAUUGGAGUCUGUGCUGAUGGUGACAGGUACGGUCAUACCCAGGCCAUCUGGUCAAGAGAAUUUGAAUAUGUCCACAGGAGCGGUCGAGGUCCAAGCAAAGGAAGUUCAUGUCCUCAACAUCUCCAGAAAGUUACCAUUCGAGAUAAAAGACUCUGUGAAGAAGUCGGAGUCGCUGAGAAUGCAGUACCGGUACCUGGACAUCCGCAGCGCCCAGCUCCAGUACAACCUCAGGCUGAGGUCCAGGAUGGUGAUGAAGAUGAGGGAGUAUCUGUGUAACCAGCAUGGGUUUGUGGAUGUGGAGACCCCCACCCUCUUCAAGAGAACACCCGGGGGUGCCAAGGAAUUUUUGGUGCCUACCCAGGAGCCUGGCAAAUUUUACUCCUUACCCCAGAGCCCACAACAGUUCAAGCAGCUUCUCAUGGUUGGUGGCUUGGACAGAUACUUUCAGGUAGCCCGUUGCUAUCGAGAUGAAGGAUCAAGACCAGACCGACAGCCAGAAUUCACACAGGUUGAUAUUGAAAUGUCCUUUGUGGAGCAGCCGGGGAUCCAGAAGCUGAUAGAAGGUUUAUUGCGAUAUUCUUGGCCUGAAGAGAAAGGAACGCUCCCUGAUCCAUUCCCAGUCAUGACUUACGCCGAAGCCAUGAACAGCUAUGGAGUAGAUAAGCCUGACACUCGCUUUCAGAUGAAGAUCACUGAUGUGACGGCGCAGAUGAGAAACAUGUCUGUGGGAUUUGUGCAAGACGCUCUCAGUAAAUCCAGUGGAUGUGUAAAAGCCAUAACAGUCCCAGGGGGAGCGAUUUAUCUGAAGGGAAAAGCAUUGGAUUCCAUCUUGCGGAUGAUCAGGGAGCAGCAUGAACAGGAUGUCAUGGCGGUUGUAGUUAGAUCAGAUGGUUCCUGGAAAUCUCCUCUUGGGAAGAAUCUCAGUGAAGAACUGCAAAAAGCUCUUACAGGAGCCACAGGAGCGAAGGCUGAAGAUCUAGUGCUGCUGGCGGCGGGGUCACGUGACGCCGCUUGCAGUGCGUUAGGCAAGCUACGCCUUGAAAUCGCCUCUCGGCUAGAAGAAAGUGGGGUGCCCCUCCGUGACCCCAACGCUUUCCACUUCUUGUGGGUGGUGGACUUUCCCCUCUUUCUUCCUAAAGAAGAGAAUCCGGAGGAGCUGGAAUCCGCCCACCAUCCAUUCACCGCUCCCCAUCCGGAAGACACGGAGCUUCUGUACACAGACCCUGCUAAGGUUCGUGGCCAGCACUAUGACCUGGUCCUAAAUGGGAAUGAAGUUGGUGGCGGCUCAAUUCGGAUUCACAAUUCAGAACUUCAGCGUCUGGUUCUCCAAGAUAUCCUAAAGGAAGAUGUGAGCCUCCUAUCACACCUUCUACAGGCCUUGGAGUCUGGAGCGCCCCCUCAUGGUGGGAUCGCUUUAGGAUUAGAUCGUCUCCUUUCCAUCAUUGUCGGAGCGCUGAGUAUACGUGAUGUCAUCGCCUUCCCUAAAUCGUUCCGGGGUCACGACCUUAUGAGUAACGCCCCGGACUAUGUAUCGGCUGAGGAUCUGCGGUCCUAUCACAUACAGGUCACAUCCAAGUAAUGGAGCCGGGGCCAAUGGAGACCAUCAGGACACUGGACGGAGAGAAAUGGUUCUUGGUUACACGCUGGGAUCUUCCUGUGUAUAAUGGCGGUCACAUGUAAUGACUGCUCGGAGAGUCACGCGCUCGUCAUGUGCUACGUGAAGAGAAACCGUUUGAGGGAUUUGCACUUUAUAAUAGUUUUAGGUGUGUCUCUAUGGUAAACCAGUUCUGGCAGGAUUACAUCAUUGUUAAAGAGGCUGAAUACCAUGAAACUCGGCGCCGGAUGAAAAAUCUACCUCCAUUCUGAACACCUGAAAGCUCCUUGGCCUUAUAUCCAGUCUUCUCCGACCCCGAAAGCUUACCCACUGUGGGAUUAAAGGGGUACUACCGUGAAAAACUAUUUUUUUUUUUUUUUUAUCAA